CGUUGUUGCCCAUUGCAGUGCAACUGGUAGGGGAAGAACACAGGACUGCCUAAGAUCUUCCCCUAUGAAUCCCAAUAGUAAGCCAAGUGAAGUUUACAAUGCGGUGGUUAAGGGGGACUGGAACAAGGUGGUGGACAUCUACCAGGACACCUUGAUGGCUGAAAGCUAUGUCAACACGGUGAACAGAGAUACCAUUCUUCAUGUAGCGGCACAAACCGGGCAAACUGAGAUGGUGGAGAAGUUGAUGCCAAUGGUUCCAAAAGAAGACCUGAGCAAGACGAAUGAGCAGGGUAACACGCCUUUGCACGAGGCGGCCAUUAGGGGAUCGGUGGGUGUGUGCCGGGCUUUGGUGAAGCGGUACAAGGGUGAAAUGUUGCAAAACCCAUUGACGAUGCGGAAUAAUCUAAAGUCUGAGAAGGAUGAAACGUCGCAAAACCCAUUGACCAUGCGGAAUAAACUCGGCGAGACACCGUUGUUCUUAGCGGCAGAGCACGGCCAUGAAAAAGCUUUCAAGUACCUGGUUUAUCAGGUCCCGGCAUUGUUUGAAGAUGGAGGUGAUAGAAGCGCGCUGAGAAGAGACGACGGCCAUAAUGUUCUUCACUCCGCCAUUGAGCAGGAGUCCUUCAGUUUGGCAUUGGACAUUAUCAACAACUUCUCGUACUUGGCUGAGUACAGAAACGAAAAAGGUCUCACGCCAUUAGAGAUUCUAACCAGGAUGCCUUCAGCGUUUAAAAGUGGGUGCCGCAUUAGAGUAUUUGAACGACUUCUCUACAGAUUCAUCUCAGUUCAAUUGGCAUCCCCAAAAGUGUGGAAACCAUUGAAGGAUGGAAAACAUGCAGGCAAGGAUCAAGGCGAAGAAUAUGAAGAAUUCGAUGAAUAUUGGCAGCGCAAUGUCAGCUCGAAGUUUCCAUCAAAUUAUGGAGCGGUAUUGGGUUUGUCAAGAAUGGUUUGCAAGUCCAUGGGUUAUUUUUUCGGGACCAAAGAAGGCAUCAUCAAGCCCAUUGUAGAAAAAAUCAAAGCGUGGAAGCGUCGUAACGAUGGAGAUAUAGAGAGCCAAAAAACAAUGACAAGAGGCAAAAAUCAAAACAUUUCAGGUGAAGCCCAAGCAACCCAGCCGUCGUCCCAGAGCCAAAAUGAAAACGUUGCAGUUGAUGCCCCAGCGGCCUCCCAAAGCCAAAAUAAUGGAGCUUCUUUCAUGAAAAGUGCGGGAGUGAAGAAAUCUUUACGGCCUCGAUAUCCACGCAUUUACAACACCCUUCUAAUGAUUGUGCAUCUCUUAGUAACCUCAUUCACGGUUGUGUUGGGGCUAGGCUAUUUGACGAUAAGGUCGCUGAAGGAGAAGAAGAAGAAGCAUAAACUGGCAAAAGUACUUGUGAAGGCGCUUGCAGCUGAAAUCGAUUUACAGGAAAAGCCUGGCGGUACAGUCGGUGGUCAAGGAGAUGGCACACGUCCAGAAUCUGAAAAAUCCUCAACUGCUCCUCCUUUUCUUUCCUCAAGUGUCCCUCCAACAGGAAGUGCAACUAUUUCCCAGCAACCCCCAGUUAUUCCGUUCCCUAAACCUUCCCAGCAAGCCUCAGUUAUUCCGUUCCCUAAACCUAAUGGCAGCGGGGGAAUUGACGAUAAAAACGAUUCAGAUGGCACUAACUAUGUAGCCCUAUUCGGAAAUAAAGCGAUCGGUAGUGGCUACUGUGGCUUCUAUGGAAUUGCUCCCGUUGGCACUGGCGUCGGCGAAAAGCCUAAAGCAAGCACUACACAGACAAGCAUGGGGAGCAAGCUUUUACAGGAAGCAACUAAGAAUGGGAUUCUGGAGGUGGUGAAAGUGGUUCUUCACGAAGCGCCGGAUUCCUUCGCAUUUCGAAAUGAGGGGGGCAAAAAUGUUAUCCACUUGGCUGUAGAGUACCGCCAACCCCUCGUCUUUAAGUACAUUGCUGACUCCGGCUUACCAUGGGCAAGUGCACGGAGAGAAAGGGAUGCUGAGGAUAACACCUUGCUACAUCUGGCCGCCAAGCUACCGGAGCAAACUUAUGAGCAUUCCGUGGUCCAAGGAGCUGCAUUGCAUAUGCAGUGGGAGCUACAGUGGUAUGAGUUGGUGAGGAAGUACGUACCCGUCCACUUCUCUAUGAUGGCAAACAAGGACAACAGGACACCCAUAGAGCUUCUAAGAUCGUCGCACCGGAACCUAGUGAAGCAAGGCUCCGAGUGGCUCACAAAGACGGCUGAGUCUUGCUCGCUGGUCGCGGGACUCAUCAGCACCGUUUGCUUUGCCGCAGGGUUCACCCUACCUGGUGGAACCAAUCAAGAAAGUGGAGAGCCGGUGCUCAUGGGAAGCCGGCCCUUCACUAUAUUUGUGGCUACUGAUUUGCUUGCGCUUGCAUUCUCUGUCACUGCAUUGAUUAUGUUCCUUGCCAUCCUAACAUCGCGCUUUCAAGAAUCCGAUUUUCACCUUCGCUUGCCGCGCCGCCUCUUAGUGGGCCUCACUUCUCUUUUCAUCUCCAUCACUGCUAUGCUUGUUGCCUUUAGCUCAGGUCUGAUUCCCUUGCUUCAUGGUCACUUGAAGAACCUGAAACUCUCCAUCAUCUUGGUUCCUAGUUUCCCCAUUGCCAUUUUCGCUCUAGAUCAGCUACCACUUUACCUUGAUCUUUUGGAGUACAACUUAGCUGAUCUCCCUCAGCUUAGUUACAAAGAUGAUAUUCUCUGAUGUGACGAGGGAGCAAACAGGGCGUCGUUCAACAUGGAUUUGAUCGCUUUCUUCUGUUUGGUUUUGAAUGUUUUUGUUUGGUAUCUUGAGUAUUAAAUAAGGCAUUGUGAGUGUCCAUGUGUGGAUGUGAUCUUCGGUGUGUAAGUCGUCUUGUUCAUCUCAGGAUUUUAUGAGCCCGCAUAUGAUUUGUAUGUAUCCUAUCCGAAUAAUGUGUUUGUAAGUGGAGUUUCAGAUCUUAAUGAAUAUCAUCUCU